UUUUUUUUUUUNAUGAGGAAAAAAAGAAUAAAGAAAAAGAAAAUGUUGUUCUCAUCUCAUCACAAGCUUCUGUUGUUGUUGGGUGCCACAGUGAUUUGGAAUUGAAAGCUCCCAUCUUUUCAUGUCUAUUGACACUGAUAGUUGAUACAUCACUUGGUUUGUUCAUGUCGUCUUUUGACUCCUUGUUUCUCUUCUCUUCUCUCUCUUCCUUCUUUUUCUCUCCCUUGAUUCCUUGUCAAGCACUGUGUUGAGGUAAAAUCCUCUAAUAUCUGAAAGAGAGGAGGUUUUUCAGAGAAGAAAAGACAUGGGUUCUUCUGUUGGAGCUGGUGGAGAGGUUUCUAAGAAGAAGGCAAUGUGGCUCUAUCCUAAGGCCAUGGGGUUUACCCCUUCUGAGAGAUGGGGGCAUUCUGCUUGUUACUAUCAGGGAAAUGUCUAUGUUUUUGGGGGAUGCUGUGGGGGGCUGCAUUUCAGUGAUGUGCUUGUGCUAAAUCUUGAUACCAUGGUCUGGACCAUCAUGGUAACUACUGGACAGGGUCCAGGUCCAAGAGACAGCCACGGUGCUGUGAUUGUUGGAAACCAGAUGAUAGUUUUUGGUGGCACAAAUGGCUCUAAGAAGGUUAAUGAUCUCCACAUUUUGGAUCUUGGUACCAAGGAAUGGCUGCAACCUGAAUGCAAAGGGAGUCCACCGUCGCCUCGAGAAAGUCACACGGCUACGCUCGUUGGAGACGACAAACUGGUCAUUUUCGGAGGAAGUGGAGAGGGCGAGUCGAAUUACUUGAACGAUCUGCACAUUCUAGACCUCAAGACUAUGGUGUGGAUGAUCACUGAGGUGAGGGGUGAUGUUCCUGUCCCUAGGGAUAGUCACUCAGCUACUGCAGUUGGUCAAAAGCUGUUCGUUUAUGGCGGGGACUGUGGCGAUCGUUAUCAAGGAGGCGUUGAUAUGCUCGAUAUGCAUUCGAUGACUUGGUCUAGAUUGUCUGUUCAAGGAUCUUCGCCCGGGGUUCGGGCUGGCCAUGCUGCGGUUAAUAUUGCGACGAAGGUUUAUAUCCUUGGUGGGGUUGGAGAUAGACAAUACUACAAUGAUGCUUGGGUGCUUGAUAUAUGUACUUGCUCGUGGACUCGGCUCGAUACGUGCGGUCAACAGCCUCGAGGGAGAUUUUCUCACACGGCCGUGGUUGCAGACUCGGACAUCGCCAUCUAUGGAGGGUGUGGGGAGGAUGAACGACCUCUCAAUGAUUUGCUCGUCUUGCAACUUGGAGACGAGCAUCCGAAUGGUCGCUACAACGUUUCUAUGUGUAAAACUUUUGGAAACCGUUGGAACAAUCGAAGUAGGAGUUCUUUCGAUGAAGAUCGGAGCGGAAUGAGGACUAAGCUUAUGGGGAACAACAUAGAGCUAAAGUUGGAAACAAACCACUCCAUUCAGUUCAUGUCAGAGACGUUACAUCCAAAACGGAGGAGAACCACGAAUCCAAAAGUGUGGGAGGUCGAAUCCGAGCAAGAGGAGCAUUCUAUGUCGCUAUCCCAGCAUUCAUCCCCAUCACAAUCAGAUCAAGAACAGACCCCGGUUCGAAAAGUAUCCGAUUCGGUUACGAGCACCCAAGGAUUACAACUUCUUAAACACGUGAAUCAUAGCUCAACUAACGAUCCUUGCAGCAUUUCUCGAACCCAACCCGAGUUCAAAAAUGCCGUCCAAUGCACUCAGAAUCAGCCAAAGACCGAACAGCAGCCACUUCUCCACGUCGUUCGCCCGGUUAAAGAACACAGCCUCAUUCGAAACAUGGUCGGAUCAGAGGUUCGAGGGAGAGUCGACGGGGCCUUCGACUCGGGCUUCCUAAUGACUGCUACCGUCAAUGGAAAACCAUACAGAGGCGUCCUAUUCACACCAGGACCUGGGGUCUUCUCAAGGGCCAGCAUUGUUACAGAAAGUUCAUCUGUUCUGGCAAACACGGUCCCGAGCUCGAACCACUUCGAACCGUCGAGGACCGUGCAACAACGACCGUUGGUUCCAAUGCUCGAGUCAGCUCAAAGCUUCAAGCAUGCUCAACUGAGACCUCCAGUUCCUAUCAUAAAACCAAGCCCUUCUUCAUUACCAGUGAAGCUUAGAGAUGAUCUUCAAGGUGUGUUCUUGACAUUAGGAGGACCUGGAAAUGGCUCUGCUUGACAAUGAGAUUGAAAAAAUUGUGUAAAAAAAAUUAUAAACACAUUUUUGUAUCUUGGAAGUUUAGGAAUCAAUACAUUUAGAAAAGGGAACCAUUUGGUUUUCAUAUUUCAACGGUAACGUUCGAGUCGUUUGA